AUGCUGGUGCCGGCAGAUGCAAGUGUGUUGGAAGAAAACAAAGAGAACAUUCAACCUUUACCAGGAGGAAGACCAGCACUGAGACUUUCGCAUGCACUCAAAACCUCAUCUGCAUCUCAUCAAGCGUUUAAAGAUCAACGACAACGUGAACGUGAACAAUUCGAACUAGCACUAAAGGAAUCAGACAACUUGGAUGAUCCGUUGCAAUUGUAUAUAGAUUACAUAAAUUGGACCCAUACUUACUUCCCCCAGGGUGCCAAUUCCGAAAGUGGCCUUGUCAUAUUAUUAGAACGAUGCAUUUCCAUAUUCAGAGAUGUCUUCUUGUACAAGAAUGACCCAAGAUAUUUGAAAAUUUGGUUAGAGUACACAAACUAUUCUGAUUCUCCGCGAGACGUGUAUGUGUAUCUUGCAAAGAAAGAAAUAGGAAAUAGGCUUAGCUUGUAUUAUGAAGAAUUCGCCAAGUUCCUAGAAUCAAAGGGGAAAUUCAACGAUGCUUGUCAAAUCUACGAGUUGGGCAUACAGUACAAUGCGUUUCCAUUGAGUAGAUUACAACGAUCAUAUGAAAAAUUCCGAGCACGAGUAGAUUCGGGAAUUAAUCAAGUCCAAACAACAACAAUUGUACGGGAUGCAUUAGCUGUGAAGCAAGGUUCAGUGGCACGAUUCGGUGGAGAAGACAAUGAGCAACCUAGAAAGAAGUCAAAGCUUGAAGUGUUCAAAGAUAACACUGAAAACCCAACCGUUUUACAAUCUAUAUUUGGAAUUGGAGUCGAUGAUCAAAAUUUACAACUUGGAUCAGCAAAAUCUAGAGUAAAGGAAAAUACUAUAGCUGCCAAACAAUGGACCGGAGAAGUCUUAAAACAGAAAACCACUCCUCCGCUGACAUCUUCUACUAAAUUUCAAGUGUUCAAAGAUGAGAACCCGCAGGAACCAGAAACCAAAAUAACUGUCGUUUUUGACAAACAAGAUUUAGCAGCAUCCUUGAUAGAAACCAAGGGAAAGAAACCAGAACGAGUACUUAUCAAUAUGGAUCUCGUAUACCAGAAUGAUCAAGAAUAUUCUUUGCCCGAGCUCCUAGCUUUAUCACGUAAGCGAAAAGACCCUGAAUUUACCCAGACAUUAAUGAACCCAUUAAAGGGAAUAAAUGUAACCAAUCCCGAACCAACCAUCACAAUGUAUUCCAAAAUGGCAAAUAAUGAAGUAAUGAGUAUGUUUAACUCAAACAGAGAUUUUGAAGAAGGCGAAGAACAACUUCAUGAUAACACCACUACUCAAAACUUUGAUGGAUUUGUAACUGAAACAAUCGAUGUUCAACCUGUUCUUCAACCCCAUACAACUCCACCAACUGAUAAAGAAGACUAUGCUGAUACUCCAAGCUCGCCGUUUGUCGAUGAACCAAUUGUUUCUCAGAAAGUUAUCAUAAACCCAUUUGAUAAGGAAACCCGUGAUUUAUAUCUUGAUAAUUUGUCCAUUCCCCUUACGGUAUUUGCUGGUUUCUUUGAUAAAACAAACAUUUCUCUGAACAGCCUAGGCAAAUUCAAGUCCAUAACACAUGACAAUAAGAAAAUAGCAAAGAGUUCUCAACAAGCAAUUAUAGAUUAUUGUGGUGACGAGAUAUAUUGUCUUAUACAUGAAUUGGGCCAAGGUGGAUAUGGAUUGGUAUAUCUUAUAGAAACAGCAUCGACUGGUGAAUUAAAAGCAUUGAAGAUAGAAUCACCGGCAUCGAGAUGGGAAUUUUACAUCUUACAUCAAAUCCAUCGUCGAUUAUUAGGAUUCCCGCCCCGCCUCAGUUCUCAAUUCGUUCAAGCUGAAUCGUUGUUUUACUUUAAUGAUGAAAGUUUUUUAAUUAUGGAUUAUUACAGUCAGAGUACAUUAUUAGACGUGGUCAACUAUUAUAAAAGCAGUAACUUACCCAUCGAAGAAUCACUUGUCAUAUAUUUCGCAAUUGAAUUACUUAAAGCCUUGGAAACAUUGCAUUCAAUAGGUAUCCUUCAUGGAGAUUUGAAAGCUGAUAACUGUAUGGUUCAUUUCGAAAACAUUGAAGAAUCCGAAUGGAGUGAAUAUUAUACAAGCGACGGAAGCAAUGGAUGGGAUAAAAAAGGCAUCACGUUGAUUGAUUUCGGUAGAGGUGUUGAUUUGAAGCUAUUUCCAAAAGAUGCUAUGUUCAGCUGUGUCAAUCUCAAAGUUGAUCAACAAGAUUGUCCAGCCAUGCAUAAAGGCGAGCCGUGGUCUUAUGAAGUGGAUUAUUACGGUCUUGCUUCGAUAAUUCAUACGUUAUUGUUUGGCAAUUACAUAAAAAUACGGCAUAACGGAACCAAAGUUCAAUUAGAAGCUACAUUUAGACGAUAUUGGCAAAGUCAGCUAUGGUCGGGAUUAUUUGACCUUCUUUUGAAUCCGUAUUCUGUAAACGAACCACGACACCCAAAGAUUAUGGAACUUAAGCAACAACGUGAAAUGUUUGAGAAUUGGUUAAUUAGUAACUCACGACCAAAGGGAUUGAAACGAGUCAUUUCAAGUCUUGAAAAAGAACUCAACUCUAUAAACAACAAAAGAGUGAGCUAG